AUGGUGGAUUACUAUGAAGUUCUAGGAGUGCAAAGAUAUGCUUCACCUGAGGACAUUAAAAAAGCUUAUCAUAAAGUGGCACUUAAAUGGCACCCUGAUAAAAAUCCAGAAAAUAAAGAAGAAGCAGAGAGAAAAUUCAAAGAAGUAGCUGAGGCAUACAAGGUAUUAUCAAAUGAUGAAAAACGGGACAUUUAUGAUAAAUAUGGCACAGAAGGAUUAAACGGAGGUGGAAGUCAUUUUGAUGACGAAUGUGAGUAUGACUUCACAUUCCAUAAGCCAGAUGAUGUUUUUAAAGAAAUUUUUCAUGAAAGGGAUCCAUUCUCUUUUCACUUCUUUGAAGACUCGCUUGAGGACCUGUUAAAUCGUCCAAGAAGCUCCUAUGGAAACAGAAACAAAGAUGCAGGAUCCUUUUUCUCUACCGCCAGUGAAUAUCCAAUUUUUGAGAAAUUUUCUUCAUAUGAUACAGGAUAUACAUCACAGGGUUCAUUGGGGCAUGAAGGCCUUACUUCUUUCUCUUCCCUGGCUUUUGAUGAUAGUGGGAUGGACAACUACAUAUCUGUCACAACUUCAGACAAAAUUGUUAAUGGCAGAAAUAUUAAUACAAAGAAAAUUAUUGAAAGUGAUCAAGAAAGAGAAGCUGAAGAUAAUGGAGAGUGGACAUUUUUUCUUGUAAAUAGUGUGGCCAAUGAAGAGGGCUUUGCAGAAGAAUGCAGCUGGAGAAGACAGUCAUUCAACAACUAUUCACCAAAUUCUCACAGCUCCAAACAUGUAUCUCAAUAUACUUUUGUGGACAAUGAUGAGGGAGGUAUAUCUUGUGUUACCAGCAACCGGGAUCCCCCUAUUUUCUCAGCAGGAGUCAAAGAGGGUGGUAAGAGGAAAAAAAAGAAGCGUAAAGAGGUGCAAAAGAAGUCUACCAAAAGGAAUUGUUAAAUUGACUCUUCAUAUAUAUAACAUUUGAACACAAUUAUGUGUGUUUUGGUUAAUCACAAAUUUUGUAGAUAACACUUGUUUAAUACUAUACUAAGAGCUUUUCAACACUUUUAGCAGGAUUGUGGACAUUUGGUUAGUAGCUUUUUUGAUGGGGUAUGUCAGAAAAGGAUGAGUUUGUGGUGACAGUUGGUGCUAAUAAGAAUUUGCCUGGGCAGUAUAGUGAGAUCUUUUCUCUACAAAAAAUUUAAAAAUUAGCCAAGUGUGAUGGUGCGCACCUGUAGUCCCAGCUACUCGGGAAGCUGGUAGAAAGACUGCUUGAGCCUGGGAGAC